GUCGUCGCCGUCGUUAUUCUCGCCAUCCGUCGCUCGUUCUUCGCCGUUUCCCGACAUUUCAUCUCGGCAACGAAUAAUCCGCAAUUCCACUUUCUCACACAUUAUUCAUCUCUCACAGCUUUUCACUGUAAAUACAAAUGUCCCAGCCAGGAGAACUCGCAGAUCAGUGGCAUACAGUCACAUUAAAAAUCCCUUUUCACACUUCCGAACAUGCAGUCAUAGCGAGGAGGGCGCUCGAUGUGGAUAGGGAACAGAAUGGCAGUCUGGUGCGAAGAGAGAUGAACGUUGAAGGUGACGUACUAGUCGUUAACUACGCUACAACAUCCGUCCGCCUGCUCCGUCUUUCCACAAACUCAUUCCUUUCUUCCGCCGAUCUUGUACUCCGCACCAUGUCAUCCUUCGCCCCCGAUCCCUCUGACAGAAUACCCACCGACGAAGAACUGGAAGAGUUGAGGCAGGAGGCGAACAGAAAUACCGGUGUUGGCAGGGGAAUAGAACUAAAGGGCGAUGGGAAGGGUGCAGGCAGUGGAGAGGAAGUCAGAUAAUACCCCUUUUCCGCCGAUUGGCUUGGCGUUUAUUUGUGGAGUAAAAGUGGUACUUUUUUUUUCAAUGACCUGUACGGAUUAAUAGAGUGUAUUGUACGAGUACGGUCUAGGGACAUAGAUUUUUCUUUUUCAAAAUACACAAAUGCAAAACGUUUCAUAGCUG